CAACCAGACGACGAGACUGUCGAUUAUGAUCUCUGAUUCUAGUCUCCGAUCUCUGUCUGAUACCUGUCCACCCUUGAGAACCUGGCCUUCGUCUCUCUCUCUCUCUCGCUCUUGUCGCUAUCUCCAAGAGUCUUCUGUUGCUCGCCCAAACAAGAAGAGCCACUCGCUCUCCCUCCUCCGUACUCCAGUCUGACCACGACCCAAAGACCGGCCAACCUCACUUAUUUAGGAAUAGCCGCGCGCUGUCGUCCCCUCCUCCCUCCCUCCCUCAACCCUCAAAGCUUUGGCUACUUACGACAUCCACGCAUUCCUCCUUCACUCACCCCUCAACCUUCGAUCUGCCGCCUGCCAAAGGUGCUUUCUUUACUCUGGUGCACGCCGAUAUCGACACCACACACCACGUCAAAGGCGACUGCAGUCACACAAUACCACUAUUGCACUGGGGCCAAAGGAAGGUAGCGCAUCGCAACGCAACGUAACACAACGGCCGCCCGAACCAAAGACGAACCACCCGGUCCAAAGAGAAGAUAGUCCAAAGACCAGAGCGACAAGGCCGGCGGCUGCACCCAUUCCACUCCGCCUCAUAAGUUGCCUCAAUUCUCACUUCGACUCAACUCAACUCCAUCAACUUCUCAGUCGCCAAAAAAAAGUGCAAAAAUCCACCCACCGCCCGUCGAUCGACUCACCUGCCGAUAACCUCCCCUCUUCUCGACGACGUCCUCCCUUCCGAACCCCCCCCCUCCGACGACGUCUUCUCUCAAUCGGAAUCUCCAUCGCCUGCCGUCGAACCAAUCCUCAUUGCCUCCAAUGUUGUAGCGCCGACACAUGUCUUCGAUCGCCCUCACGACCAGCCAACCCUCCCGCUCCCUUCAUUCCCGCCGCAAAUCUUCCUUGUCUGCAGCGCGACUCAACGACACCUUCAGAAACGUCGACCCCGUCGCCAUGAUGCCUUCCGCAUCGCAAUCGCAACCCUCUUCGCAACAGUCCUUCACAAUGAGCCAGCAAUCCCAGGCCGGCUACCGCAACUAUGGAGCGGACUCUAGGCUCGCCAAUGAGGCGCCACAAAUCUACAGCGCGGUCUACUCCGGCGUCGACGUCUACGAAAUGGAAGUGAACGGUAUCGCCGUCAUGCGCAGGCGGCAAGACAGCUGGCUCAAUGCGACCCAGAUCCUCAAGGUGGCCGGCGUCGAUAAGGGAAAGCGCACAAAAAUUCUUGAAAAGGAGAUCCAGACCGGCGAGCACGAGAAGGUCCAGGGAGGCUACGGUAAAUACCAGGGUACUUGGAUCAAGUUCGACCGCGGCGUCGAAGUGUGCCGCCAGUACGGCGUCGAGGAGGUUCUGCGCCCCCUGUUAACCUACGACAUGGGCCAGGACGGCGGAGUCGCCGGCCGCGGCGAUUUCAACACGCCCACCAAGGAACAGGCCAUGGCCGCCCAGAGGAAACGCCUCUAUAACGCUGGCAACGAGGCGAGGACGAACGGCAUGGCCGGUCUCAACGGCACCUUUUUCAAAAACAUCUCGGCCACCGCCUCGCACGCCGUCGCCGCCAUCAGCAAGGCCCGCUUCGACUCCCCCGGCCCGAGGAGUCGCAACGGCCCGACCAAGACGCCCAGCUUCAGCCGCCAGAGCUCUAUGCAAAACGGCGACGACUUCCCCGGCAACUCCCAGCAGAGCUUCGCUUCGGACUUCGGAAACAACCCCAACGAUUCGGCCUACUCGACCCAGCAGACGAGCCAGCAGCCGUUCGCCGACGGCCCCGAGCCCCCUCGUAAGCGCCAGCGCGUGACAAUGACCCCGCAAGAGAGCUUCGGGGCAUACAGCAACUCCAUGGAGAUGUACCAAAACAACUUCCCCGGCUCGCCUACGGAACCCAACGAGUCCUUCAUCUACUCCCAGGUGAACCCCACCACGCACGACGGCCACAGUCCCCUGAGCCCCCUGCCGUUCGAGAUGUCCCCCGACGCCGAGUCGAAGCGGAGCAUGCUGAUGAGCCUUUUUAUGGACUCGGCGACUUCAGACCAGUCCAAGCACGAGAUGCUGCGGACUUUGGCUCCCAUAGAGCUGGACAUGCCCAUCGACCAACAAAGCCACACCGCUCUCCACUGGGCCGCCACAUUAUCGCGCAUGUCGCUGUUGCGCGCGCUAAUCACGGCCGGCGCGAGCCCCUUUCGUGUCAACGCCUCGGGGGAGACUGCUCUUGUCAGGGCGUGUGUCGUGACAAAUUCCAUGGAUCUGGGCCAGUUCCCCGAACUUCUCGACGUCCUCGGGGGCACCAUUGAGGUCCGCGACAGCAAGGGACGGACCGUGCUACAUCACAUUGCCAUGACCAGCGCCGUCAAAGGUAGGAAUGCGGCCAGCCGAUACUAUCUCGAGAGCCUCUUGGAAUGGGUAGUGCGGCAAGGCAGCAACCCGGCAACCAACGGAAAGGGGGACGGCGCGCCGGCUAGCUCGCAGAGCCAGCCGCAAGCGCAAGCGCAGCCCAAGAUGGGCAUCGCGCGCUUCAUGACGGAGAUUGUCAACGCACAAGACCACGCUGGCGACACGGCGCUGAACAUUGCUGCACGGAUAGGAAACCGGAGCAUUAUUUCGCAGCUGCUGGAGGUUGGCGCCGAUCCCAACAUUGCCAACCGCGCCGGUCUCCGGCCCGUGGACUUUGGCAUCGGGGGCGAUGCUACCGAAGAGGGCUCAAAUAUACUCAAAGGGGCCCAUGGCGCCGGCACCAACGAGAUCAACGGAGAGACCGAGAGGGACGGGAUUGUCAGCAGCGAGAGGACAAAGGAAAGCAGCGACGACAUAAUUUCAUCCAUCACACACCUUCUCAACGAAGCUAGCUCAACGUUCCAAGGCGAAGUCAAGACAAAACAGGCCGUCAUCGAGUCCCUCCACUCGACCCUCCGCACGACGUCGGCGCAGCUCGGCGAGGCCCGGCGGAACCUCGAGGCCAUGCAGGCAACGUUGCGGAAGCAGCAGCUCGCGCGGCAAAAGGUGUCGAACCUCAGCCACGCGCGCGAGGAGGAGCAGGUGCGCUUGACGCAAGAGCAGAACCGCGCGGGGCGGACCGACUCGCUCUCGUCGUCGUGGGAGACGGAGCUCAGCGCGGCGCUCGAGACGGCCGGCACCAACGGCGAGGGCGGUCUGCUACCGUCGGCGGCGGUUCUCAAGGCGCGGCUGGCUGCCGUGUCGGCGCGGAGGGACGUGACACGCAAGAUGGCGGGCGCGCUCAAGGGCCGGAGCAAGGACCUCGAGGUCAAGUACCGGCGCGUCGUCGCCAUGUGCACGGGCGAGCCCGAGGACCAGGUCGAUGCCGUUGUUGACGGCCUGCUGCGGGCCGUCGAGAGCGAGAAGGGCGAGCUGGAGGUGGAGCGCGUGAGGCGGUUCCUCGGCGGCGUUGAGGGUGUGGUGCAUUGA